AUGAAGGCUGCUCUUAUUAUCGCUGCGAUCGCCACGGCGGCCCACGCCAACGUCGCUAGCUCCGUCUUGCGGGCCUUGGAGGUCGACGGCGCCACGGACGUCUUUGUGCGCUUUGCCGACAGCCCCCUCGAGAGCGGCAUGAUCACCGAGGGCGCGACGCGUCAGGACGUCUUUGAGAUUCUCAGCGAGCGUACGGAAGAAGCCACCAAGUCCAUCGACGACGUCACCAAGGGCUUUGAGACCAAGUCGCUCUGGAUCGUGCCCGGUACUUUCAUCAAGGCGGCCGACCAAGCCACUGUCGACAAGCUCGCGCAGCACCGCGGCAUCAAGACGAUUGAGCACCUGCCGGAGAUUUCGCUCGACCCCGUGCUCACGCAAGCGGUCACCGAAACCGCCGCCGCGGACCAGCCCAAUCCCCAAUGGGGCGUGCAGACGGUCGGUGCGCCGGAAGUCUGGAAGACGACCAAUGGCUCGGGUGUCAAUCAUUGGCUCCAUCGACACGGGCGCCCGUCACACGCACGAGCUCAUUAA